UGCUAAUCCAUAUAAAUCUUUAUUUUAUCUAUAUGCAAGAAUUCUAGAUCUUGUUCUAUUAACUACGGGUACGAAUUGCAUUAAUGCUGGUAUUCUUCCUCGCGGCCGCCCCGCCAAAUCGCCCUCGGCCUGUUGCUAUCCGACAGAUACGACGACGGGUUGAUGAUGGAUGGAAAAUAUGGAAACGCCCAGAAGUAAUCCCAAAGCCCUCGUUAUGAUGAUAAAUAUAAACCAUUGGCAUGAAACUCUAUCAAUGGAGGAUAGAAAGAACAAAACCCAUAUCCAACGCCUGCCCAGGGAAGAAACGUCAUGAAAAAGGACACCGCGGGGCCCGACGGCGGCGGCGGUCCGGAUCGAUCAAGUGCCGUCAGCCGGGAGGUGGAGACCGAGAAGAGGAGGCAAAGAAAGGAAGAUGCGUGCCGGCGAAGUCGUUAUCGAUGGCGAUGAAAUGUUUAGUCGGAGGUGUGGGUUUGGUAAACGCUAUCGGCUGUUUUACCCCACCAACUGACCCAUUAAAAGCGCACGAGUUCCGCACCAAAAGCUCGGAGAUCGAGAGGGAGAAGUAUCCACGUAUUCAGGUGAUUUGGCGCCGAUAAGAAAGGAAAAUAAAAGGGCCCGGGGAAUGCAAUGUAAUAGUGUUACGC